UUUAGAUUAGGUUUGGUCCCGAGCAGUAACUCUUUAGAAAAAAAUAUAAAAUUCCAAAUUUUCUUAAAAAUCAAAACCAUUAAAAAAAAUUAAAAAGAUGUGGCGCUCAUCGAUGACAUCGGCAUUUCCUUUGUCCUGCUGCAGUAGGAAUCUUCAGGCUGGCGAGGCUGGCAUAUUGUCGGCAUACAAAUUCGUACUUCGUUAUAUGAAGAGUGAAGUGGGCAGGGGCUUGCACUUCACUAAGUCACCCAUUUAUAUGCGACACUAUUCCAAAACACUCGUCAGUCCAGAGAUGCGUAUGAGUGUGUGUGAUGUUCUACGAGGAUGCGGAGUACAUGCGCAACGCUAUUACGCCUCCGCCCACGCCAAGACGCCCAGAUACUGCCAGUUCGCAUCUGACCAGCGGGCUAGCAGCAGCUGUGAGUGCCGGGCACUGCAGCAGGAGCCGGCGUCGACGGACAUUCCGGCCGUCAGAAAAUUAUGCAGCUUAAACAAAUCACGUGACACACUUAAAACAUUGCAGGAGCGGCAACGUGCUGCCAAGAAUCGUAUUUUGCGGCGACUCUCUAGAGUGCGGCAUGUUGCCGUUGGGAAGAAAAUUAUCGCCAUCGAAAUGCGCAAAUUUCCCGAGUACAAAAUAGCAUUGCCAAGUCUUACACCAAAGCGCCAGCCGAUAAUAAAAAAACAUUUGCUGUUGGAACAUAGCGAGAGGGAAGACGAAACGGAAACGAAGCCGAAGAGCAACAUAUUAUUGCCUCCUAAAAGACGACGAUACUUGACAGAGGAUAAUCCUAACCACCCGCUCUCCUCCAAGACGACAUCUGCCCUGCAUCGGGUCGUGUGCAGCAAUCCAACAUAUCUAGCUUCGUUGUAUAACCGUAAAUUCCGCAGCCAGCUAAGAAAUCCCACGCUCUGUAGGUAUCCCAUCUACUCGUCUGCCGAAGAAAGUCCAGAAAAUAAUAAUUCCAGUACCAGCAUAUUUAGUCGGCGCAUGAGUCCACUCAAGUCACGUGAUCCAGCUGGUGACCGGAGCAAAGUCUUUAAGAGCCUGCGAUUGCGAUCUUUGCUGCUAAAUUAAUUUCGUUGAGGUUGAACGAAGCCUUUAAUUUUUGUAAUUUAACUACACAUUGGACUUUUUUGUAAACUAAAAAAAAACUGACGUAAAACAAAUUUCAGUGUACGAAAAUUUAGUGUUGGGGAAAGCGCCAAAUAGUG